AUGUUACUAAACGUUGAAAGUAGAAACACAGAGGUGGCGUUGCUCUUCCUGGUUCGCGGGGAAAUGUAUCACGAAGAUGUUUGGACAGAAUGGAUAGGCAGUCUGGCGGACCUUGUCCCUCCCAGCAUCCUCUGUGAUGACGCCUUGAACAAGUGCUACAGAACACUGCCACAGUACAGCAUCCCACCAAAGAGCGUCUAUGAUCGGCAGACCUAUUACAGCAUCUUCGUGCACACGAAGCCAGACUUUCCUGGCUACAGCAGUGGCAGCAUCUUCGAUGCACGAAUUGUGGACGAGAGAGUUGAGACGGCUUGGGGGAGCCACUCUCUGCUGACGGCCACUCGGGUGCUCAUGAGAGCUGCAUUGGCGGACCUAUUCAAUCAGCGCUUCCAGAUGGUGUGUGAGGCCACGAUUCCAGUGCGCGCGCCGCUGUUCACCCACGAUCAGCUGCUCGCGCACAACAUGAGCCGCAUUGGCUCUCCUCACAUGGUUUGGGGGGACGCGGAGAAGAGCGCUGAAAGGUGGCCGCUGGCGAUGCACGAGGAAUUUCCCGCGUUGAAACUCCACAACACGUUCCAUUCGCAGUGGGUCACGCUCAUUCGCGCACACGUUCAUAUUGUUGUGGACGACACCUUCCUUGAAGACCUGUAUCAGCGCCACUGCUUCAUCGGAGCUGAAAGGCACAGGUCGACCUGCGUCAGCGAUGAGCAGUACAUAGGGACGCUGCUCAAUUGGAAGCUGGGGGACCGGGCCCCCUACGAAUACAGCGAUGACCUGGCAAUGGCUCGAGUGGCGGCCGGCGGCGGAGUGCCCCCAGAGCACAUCGAUACAGAGUUGAUCGUGCAGAUCCGUGGCGCUGCCGAGGAGAUCCACAGAGUACCCAGCUUCAAGAACCUUCACGGCCAGCCCCGCAUUCAGCACAGUGACUUCGAGCUUGGAAAAGAGUCGCUGGAAUGCGCGCGCAACCCACAGCUGCAGGAUCCCCCGCCUUAUGGGGGGAUCCCGCAGUACCCCCACUGCCCCUUCUUUGCGCGCAAAUUCAUGGCGGCCACGGCGCCCGCUGUCAAGAAGCUGCUGCAGGAUCUCUUCAUCGUGUGA